UCUCUCUAUCUUUUUCUUUCUUUCUUUCUUUCUCUUCUUUGAUCAAAUCAAUCCUUUCUUGUGGGUGUAAACUGAUUUAGAUUAUUUUGUGUUUGCGUGUGUUUGUGUGGUUGUUAUGGAGGGUCUUCACCACCACCUUCAUCACCAUCAGCAGCAAAUACAGCAGCAGCAUCACACCAGUGUAAACGUUGAUACAAGUGAUAGGUUUCCUCAAUGGAGUAUUCAAGAAACGAAAGAGUUCUUGAUGAUCCGUGCAGAACUGGAUCCAACUUUCAUGGAGAAAAAGAGAAACAAAGUUUUGUGGGAAGUUAUCUCUAAGAAUAUGAAGGAAAAGGGUUAUAAUCGUAGCGCAGAGCAGUGCAAGUGCAAGUGGAAGAAUCUUGUUACACGAUACAAGGGUUAUGAGACGAUAGAACCUGAGUCUAUGAGGCACCAGUUUCCUUUCUAUAAUGAGUUGCAAGCGAUUUUCACAUCGAGGAUGCAAAGAAUGUUAUGGGCUGACGCUGAAGGAGCGGCAAGUGGGUCGAAGAAGAAAGCAGCGCAGCUAUCUUCUGACGAGGAGGAGGAUAAUGAAGAAAUUAGCGAAGGAGAGAAGGGUAGCAGUAGAAAGAGGAUAAAAAAGGGCAAGGCAGUUGGUGGAGCAAGUUGUAGUACUGGAAAUAGUAAUAGCUUGAGAGAGACUUUGGAAGAUUUCAUGAAGCAACAGAUGCAAAUGGAAAUGCAAUGGAGAGAAACAUUUGAAGCAAGGGAAAAUGAGAGAAGGAUGAAGGAGAUGGAGUGGAGACAAAUUAUGGAAGGAAUAGAGAAUGAGAGGACAACGAUGGAUAGAAGAUGGAGAGAGAUAGAAGAGCAAAGAAGGGUGAGAGAAGAAGCUAGGGCUGAGAAGAGGGAUGCCCUUAUCACAGCACUUCUAAACAAGCUUAGAAGAGAAGACAUGUAGUGAUCUCCUUUCUUUUAAUGUUUUUGCUGUUUUAGAGAAGAAGGUGCUUACAGAGAGGUUUGUCCUGAAACUCUCAUUUUGGGAAUGUUAAUUAUGUUCUUUGAUUAAACCUUUUAUGUUAUGAUCAUCUCCUUUUUGCCAACCGUGGCUAGAAAAGCUUCAA